UGGGGCUUUUCCAAACAUUUCCCGACGUUCAUUGUGAAGUUUAUAGUUCUCAUUGAGUGGAACUACAGUAUAAAGCUUUUGUCAUCUGUUGCUGCUCCAGUUCUGCCUGCAUGUAACAGGCAAUGGGAGUAUGAUGAGGAGGAGGAGGAGGAUGCUGCGGUCAGAGUGAGUUAAAACCGGGAUGGAAAUUGAAGAUGAGCCGCUGUCUGAACACAUGCAUCCCAUUAUUCCUGCAAAAGCCAGACUCACUUCAACAUGAUGCGCUCUCAUUUACAGCAUCCUCCUCUCUCCCGCCCUGUGUAAGGUGGACUCGUUGAGGCGUUUCUCAGAAUAUACUUGAUCACCUGACGACAUCUACCUGCCAUCGGUUUCUUAAGCACAGAAGAUGAUGAUAGAGGAGGAUGAAGCGGAGGCUCAUCAGGUGGAUAUGGAGUCGGAAUUGGGCAGCGCGGCUCGCUCCUGCAGCUGGACGAAUGACUUCUCGUGUGAUGUCGUGAACGCGGAUCUGUCGCUCAAUCUCUCCAUUUUUCAAGUGGAUUCGGAUCGUGCUCCUUCACCGUCGUGCAGGAGGAGGAUGAUGGUGCUGGAUGCCGGAGGAUUUCACGACUUGACCGGAGCCGCGCUGCGCAAAACCAAGGCGUCCUCCCGGCGGAACGCGUGGGGGAACCAGUCGUACGCGGAGCUCAUCACCCGGGCCAUCGAGAGCACACCCGACAAAAGGCUCACCCUGUCUCAGAUCUACGACUGGAUGGUCCGAUAUGUGCCAUAUUUCAAGGAUAAAGGAGACAGCAACAGCUCUGCCGGAUGGAAGAACUCCAUCCGACACAAUCUGUCCCUGCACACGCGUUUCAUCCGUGUGCAGAAUGAGGGAACUGGCAAGAGCUCCUGGUGGAUGCUGAAUCCUGAGGGCGGAAAGCUGGGAAAAUCUCAACGCCGCCGAGCUGUCUCCAUGGACAAUGGCAUCAAGCCACUAAAGAGUAAAGGUCGAACCAACCGUAAGAAGACAACUGGGAAAAGAGAGCAGAGUACAGAGACACUGCUGGAGUUUUGUAGCUCUCCAGACUCUGGAACAGGUAGAAUUGUGGUUAAGGAUGAGUUCGACACAUGGACGGAUCUCCAUUCACUUGGCAGCUCUUCCACUUCAACACUUAGUGGUCAUCUGUCACCCAUCCUUGGAGAGGGGGAAUUGGGAGAGCCUGAAGAACGGAGGAAAUCCUGCUCAGCAUCUCCACGACUCUUUCCUAGCCCCUCCAGUGCCCACUCCCCUGCAUCCCACUGUCCUACAGAUCUCAGAGCAACAAUUGGCUACAAGCAGCAUCAAUCCCCAUGUCAUAAAAACCCUCAUUACCACUACGUCAGUGACAUAAAGAGCCAAGGCUCCAGUUGCGAGACUCAGCCAGUUUAUGGCCUGCCUGAUGUAGGCAUGCACCGUUCCUCCAUACCAACUACUGAGGACAACUCGGGUAGUAUGCAAGGUGCAAGCACCAUCCAGAAUUUGUUAACCACAGGACCCCAGCAGUUCGUCAAGGAAAUGAUGCAUGGGAAAGAGAACGAGGUGCACUCAAUGAUGGUCUCUCAAGGUCUCCAUCCCAGCAAUCCAAACACUUCCUCCAAACCUUUUCACAAUAUCAUUCAAAGCUUGAGUCAGGACCAUCGGCCUACAUCGGUCCACUCUCAGCCCACUGACGGACACAUGCAGUCAUACAUGCAUAAAUCCCCCUAUCUAUACAGCCCCCCAGUGACUGUGCAUCUCCCAGCCUCCACCGCACUCAACCCUGCAGGCGUACAGGGAAUCGCUCAAGACACUUGUCACCUUGCUACAACCCCAUAUCCACAACCACAUUCCUACGUUUACACUGAUCCACAUGAACACAGUUUGGCAUACGGACUCUACCGCCAGCCUCAGGGGACAGGGACAGGUUACCACAACUACCACCACCACCCCCAUCAGCUCUACCAACACGAGCGCCUGCCAGCAGACCUGGAUAUGGAUGUAUUCUACAGCAGCCUGGACUGCGACAUGGAGUCUAUACUCCUACAUGACAUUAUGGACUCUGGAGAGGAAAUCGAUUUCAAUUUUGAUUCCUCACUGACACAAGGAAUGGGCGUAGGAUUUGGAUUUACAGGCACGCCGCAGACCCACAGCAAACAGAGCUGGGUGCCUGGAUAAAUGUCACUAAAUCUUCACUUUAUCUUCCUGAAAACAUGACUACCUACAUGCCAGCCAGCAGUGGAGUCCCAACGCUCCACCAUAAUUCAGGGUGAAUACACUGUGCUGACACUGAAAUCAAACCAAGAUGGGAAUCUCUUUAGAUUUAUGUUGUCUGUUUGGUCCUGCUUGUGUAUCCAUGUUUUGUGUCGUGUCAAUGUAUUGAAAAAUGGCAACGUCCCUUCACAUUCUGCCAUGUGUGAACUGCCUUUGGUCUACUGAGUGAGCCAUAAUGACAAUCUAAGCUAGGGUUACGCAACAUUGUUUUACACCUCAUUAAAAAAGACUCUUGUACACUACAUACAUUGGACACAUUUAUAUUCAUAAUUUCACCUUUACAUGAUAGGAGUGUACAGGACACUAUGGUAGCAAAAAUUUGCAAAGGAAUUUUGUGAUUGUCUAGAAACGUAUCAACUUUUCAUGACUGGUUCAAUUUGCAUUGUAACAUGGGCCAUUGUUUCCCAACCCUGUUCUUGAAGGCACGCCAACAGUGCACAUUUUCAACCUUUAGCUAAUCAAACACACCUAAAUCAGCUCAUCAGAACAUUAGAAGAAACUCCAAAAUCUGAAGUUAAUGGGUCAGUUAAGGGAUGUACUGUUGGUUUGCCGCCAAGAAUAGGGUUGGGAAACAAAUGCAGUAGCAAAUGAGAAGUUCCAAAUUCCUGGCCAAAACAAAAACAAUCUACUGAUCUGAGUGCUUCUGUACCUAUAGCUAUAUUUCCAUCCACCUAUUUUAUGCACAUUCUGAAAUAUAACAUAAAAACACGCCAAUAUAUGCAUAAAAAGCUUAGUAUUGGAUAAACUUUAAUUCCGAUUAGAAAAUGUGCCCAUAAAUGUGCCCGGAAACACAUUUACCAAAUAAAUUCUAACAUGCACAUCAAAAAAAGUCAUGUGAUUUUGUUUAGCAGAUCGUUUAAUUGGCGUGAUGAGAUGACACUAUUAGACUAACCAAUGGACCAACCACAUUGUAAAACAUGUGAAAUGUUGUUUUGCUCAUUAUAAAAUCCCUCAGCCAAAGUCUGUCAUCAAAGUGGUCCAGUAUUAUUACCUCCCUGAAUGGUCUUGCACCUCCAAAAGCCAUGGCUUGCUCAUUGCAUUUUGUCUUCUGAGGUGCAAGUAAUCAACCCAGGCUCAUUGUGGACACCCCAGAGGGUGUAGUAUAUACUUCAGCUGACCAGGCCAGAUUGCUUUCGACUAAAUGACUGACCCGCCCAUCUCUUACCUAAACCCAAAUCAUAGUGAUACUGUAGUGAUAGUUUGUUUUACUUGGUUUCUGAAAUCAUUCUUUUCCAGACUCAAACCCCAUCGUUGCGAUUCCCUCUGCUCCGCAUCACAAGUCUGGUGAUGUAGGUGGCGAGAUACUGGGCACACUGGUAACACCAGGAAAGCCAUUUAUAUGGAGGCAAGCCAUCAAUUUGUCAUCAAACUCAAAAAUAAACAGAAGCCGUCGGUGGCGUCAUAUCGCCCAGUAGCGUUAGGUUUUUAACCUCCUAGGACUCAGUGGCCACAUACGUGGAAAGCACAUUUUAGCUCUUAAGUGGCUUUUUUUAAAUAUUAUUAAUGUUUUAUAUUUUGUUACAGACUUACAGUCAUCCUGCAACUGUUUUUUAGCAUAUGGAAUGUGCCAAACACAAUUUUUACCAGCUCAAAAUAGGGGAAAAAAUUAGUUUUUACUCUCUGAUAGUCAAAACAUGUUAAAAAAAAAUUCUAUGUUAAAUAUACAUUACAAAACAGUCAGGGAAAAGUGUUCUAUGUAAAUUCGGACCGCGAAUCCACAUAUAUGGAUAUCAUUUUUUCUAAAAACACAUCUUAUCAAAGGAUGAUACUUACAAUUUUAUUCUAGUUAGGUUCCAAUGAGCCCAAAUAGCAAAGAGAAAUAAAAAAUGCAUGUAAAAAAAAAAACACCUUGAGAGGUUAAAGAUGUACCUCUGGCUACAUAAUUUGCGCUCUCCAGAAAUGUAGACAGGGGCACGUAUCCACAAUGAGCCUGAGCCUGUGUUGCAAGUAAUUGAUUAUAAAAGAAAAAGGCACACAAUGGCGCGUCUUCCCACAGCAAAUCUCAUUUAUUUAAUUUUAAAUUUGGCACUAGUUUAUCUGAAAGUGAUGAUUUUGUUGUCUUUGACUCAUU